AUGGCGUCUAAGAACCAAAAUUUGUUUAACACAUUCGAGAAGGACGGCAAGAAAUAUGCUGUUAUCCCAAAAAACACGAUCCUAUCUAACGUGCAACCUAAGUACUCGGAUCUUGUUGUGAACGAUAAAGCAGAUUUAAAGGCAAUUGUGAAAAAAUUGGAGCUCUAUGGACUUUGUAUUGUGAAGAAAUACCUGCCAGCCGAUACCUGCGAGCAGAUCAAGGAAGAGCUGGAACCACACUAUUUCCGUGACGAAAGCUGGAAUGGCUCUCCGUUCCCGAAGCAGACCACUGUUGUGACUAGAGCUGCGCUGAGGUCGCCAACAUGUCUUAAAAAGAUAGCCUGUGAUGAUACUUUUUACAAAGUUUCACAUAACUUCUUGUCAGAGUCCAACAUCUUUUGGAUUGGUGAUGGCAAGCUGAGGCGCUCAGAAUCGGACGUUCAAUUGUAUUCCAGUAUCAUUUACAGAGUAGGUCCUGGUGCUGGUGACCAAAUGUACCAUCGUGAAGACAUGUCAUUGCACAAUGUUCAUCCUCGUCGUGAAGAGUACCAUUAUGGUGAUGAUGCGCAAGUCGGCUUUGCCCUUGCGUUGACUCCAAUGAACAAGAAGAACGGCGCCACAAGGGCUAUCAUUGGAUCUCAUUUGUGGGGUCCACUUGAUGCGCCCACGGGAUAUGAUUCUUCUCAAGAAAUUUAUCUAGAACUUGAUGAAGGUGACGGCGCAUUUAUGCUCGGAAGCACGUACCACGCAGCAAGCUCCAACCACAGCGAUGCAGCUAGAAUUGGGGCAUUCUUUUUUAUGAACAAAAGCUACCAAAGACAAGAAGAGAACUAUCAUGUGAGCGUGCCACCAUCCUACUUCGAGAACCUUUCAUUUCCGGAACUGAAGAUACUUGGUUUACAUACAAGCUUGCCAUUUUGUGGACAUGUUGACUAUAAGAGCCCAGCCUUCGUUCUUAAUCCUAAGCUUGAAGAAACAUCUCAGACCAGUAAGGGAAACUACACAGAAGUUAUCCAUGCAGUUUUUGAGUAG